AGUGAACUGAACAGGGAGGAAGGGUGAAAUGGCAGACGAGAAGCAGGAUCAGACUGUAGGCAAAAUGCUUCUGCCUGAAGGAGAUUCUAAGACAGAUAUCAAACUUAUCCUGUAUCACUGGACACAGUCUUUCAGUUCCCAGAAGGUGCGUUUGGUGAUUGCUGAAAAAGAACUGAAGUGUGAAGAACAUGAUGUAAGCCUUCCUUUGAGUGAACACAACGAGCCUUGGUUCAUGCGCCUCAAUGCGGCUGGAGAAGUCCCCGUCCUUGUCCAUGGAGAAAAUAUCAUUUGUGAUGCAACUCAGAUCAUUGACUACCUUGAGGAGACUUUUGUGAAUGAAAAAACUCCAAGGCUAAUGCCAGAAGAAGGAAGCAUGUACUACCCAAGGGUUCAGCACUACAGAGAGCUCUUGGAUUCCUUGCCCAUGGACGCAUAUACACAUGGCUGCAUUUUGCACCCCGAAUUAGCAGUAGACUCUAUGAUUCCAGCUUAUGCCACUACUAGAAUUCGCAGCCAGAUAGGAAACACGGAAUCUGAAUUAAAGAAGCUUGCUGAAGAAAACCCAGAUCUGCAAGAUGCGUAUAUAGCAAAACAGAAACGCCUUAAAACUAAACUUAUGGAUCAUGAUAACAUAAAGUACUUAAAGAAAAUACUGGAUGAACUGGAAAAAGUUUUGGAUCAGGUUGAGACUGAGUUGCAGAGAAGAAAUGAAGAAACACCUGAAAAUGGACACCAACCCUGGCUCUGUGGCGAAUUUUUCACCUUGGCUGAUGUAUCCCUUGCUGUUACGCUGCAUCGUUUGAAGUUCAUUGGACUGGCAAGGAGAAGCUGGGGAAAUGGAAAGCGACCUAACUUGGAAAUCUACUAUGAUCGGGUCUUGAAGAGAAAGACAUUUCACAAGGUUCUAGGACAUGUCAACAACAUAUUAAUCUCAGCUGUUCUUCCAACUGCAUUUCGGGUGGCCAAGAAGAGGGCACCUAGAGUUUUUGGCUCUACUCUUUUGGUUGGUUUCCUAGCAGGAAUAGGGUAUUUUGCUUUUGUGUGUCUUCAGAAGAGAUUUGCCAACAUGCUGCUAUCGAUUAGAGCAAGACACAGUUAUCUGUAGAUGCUCCAUCUACUUUCCCCAAAG